AUGCAAACCUUUAUGAAGAUACCGCUGGCUACGGUGUUAUGCGGGCUGCUCUUACUGCUGAUUACCUUGUGUUCUGCAAAUGACAACAACAGCAGCAAACCACGUGACAAGGUGUGUUUUUUAAACAAACAUUGUAAUAUAUAGUAGUAAUAUAUGUGAAGUGAAAGUCACUCAAUGAUACCUGAACUAUCAACCUGGCGGAACUUAGUGAGGUAGAAUGAAUGAACGGUGAUUUUUUAUUUAAGGAUGCUUGACUGACGUUGAUUGAUUGACUUAAUCAAUUGAUCAUGAAUUUAUAACGGAAUGAAUUUUUAAAUUUUUCAUUUAGAGUAUUCCUCAAAAGACUUUACCUUAUGGUUCCCGUGGUCAUGGUGGGUGUUUCUGUGCACCAGGAAUUCCAGGCCUCUCAGGUAGUCCUGGACCCGCGGGAUCACCCGGUAAUCAUGGACCUGAAGGACGCAUGGGCCCACGGGGAAAGAAAGGCGAUGAAGGAGUUCGUGGAAGACCGGGAGCACCAGGCGUCAAAGGAGUUAAAGGACCUGCAGGCCCAGCAGGUCCACGUGGGGAAAAAGGUGAAGCAGGUUCAGCUGGUUCCCCUGGAAACAAGGGUGAUACAGGUGCUCGAGGAAGUCAAGGUCCCCCAGGUCCAAAGGGUGCUCCAGGACCGUUUGCUCGUAAUUGGAAACAGUGCGUUUUUAAGAAGGAAGAUAAUAGGGACUCCGGACUGAUAAAGGUAUCAACUGAGUUGGUCGUUGUAGAUUAUAUAAAUUAAUCCCAAGCAAAUUAAUAAGUCCGGUUAAGACCGAUUUAAAAGCUCAUUAAUAAUUCACAAAGAAAAAAGAAAAGAAGUUAAUGUUUAAUGCAUGAGUGUCUUUAUAUCUGAUAAAGACAGGGCUAAACUUUACAUCCAAUUUUUUAGACCAAAAUUACCCCAAAUCUAAAUAUUAGUGCAAGUGUGAAGAAUCUAUAUCGGAGAUUUUGAAGCCAUUCAAAAAACUCGGAGUCUUGUAUUUUCAGGUUUAUAAACUCGAGGUGAGUCCUUUGAGAAAAAAAAAAGUGUCUUUCGGAACUUGUGCGAGCUAUCCAUGGAAUGAUACAAAAUGAAGGGAGAAAGUCUAAUUUAUCAGUUUAAGAUAUACUUAUAUGUUUUUUGUCUGAAUUUGAAUGAAAUUCCCAGGGGCGUAGAAUCCGUAACGCAAAUACGCACGUGCGUACUAGAGAAAUUGGUAGGAUUUUUUAAAGAUUUUCUGUUAUAAGUAAAAGCUAUUUGUAGCGUCGUGACUUGACUUUGUAUUGUGCAGAUUUGGUCCUGUCUGUCUCACUGUUAUUCCGCAUCGUUUUUACACGGUAAAUACAACAGUUUGAGUAGUGUAAUGAGAUAAAUUGGAAACAUUCUUGAAAUGUUUGGCUUCAGGCGAUCCCACGAUACAUUGCGUAUUCAUAAAAAAAACGGAAAAGAAUUUCGGUUCACCUCGCUGAUCUUUCUUCCUUUGGCCAUUUUAAAGGAGUGCAUUUUCAAGAAAGCAUCAGACACUACUGGGUUGCGUGUCUUUUAUAGUGGCAAUCUUCGUCUCUACAACUGCCAUAGAUGCUGCAGACGAUGGUAUUUCACUUUCAACGGUGCAGAGUGUUCAACACCAGGUGCCAUUGACGGAGUGGUCUACAUGAUAUAUGGACAUGGCAGGAAAAAGGACUUACACCGUCCACGUCACAUAGAGGGAGUCUGUGAGAAAAUCCACAGGGGUACUGUUCGCGUGGGAUUCUGGGUCGGCAAUUGUGCCGGUUACGGAUCUGCUGAUGCUAACACAGGCUGGAACUCAGUGUCCCGGAUAUACGUGGAAGAAGUACUUCCCCCACAGGCUUAA